CCUUAUACAGGCGGUCUCUUAGCAGAUCGCAUCGGACGCAGGAAAACAUUGAUUUUAACCGCCGGGGUACCAUCACUAAUAUCGUUCAUCAUGGGGCAUAUCGAUAGGUGCCAUCUAUUCAGUUCUGCCAAGUUACAUAAGCGAAAUUAGCGAGGACAAGAAUCGGGGUGCCAUGGGUUCCGUUAUGAACGUGUUCAUAACAGUUGGCCUGUGCUGGUCGUACGUGAUUGGACCGUUCGUGACCAUCCGGACCUUCAGUCUGAUAUGUGCCACGGUACCUGCCGUGUUCAUUGUAUGGUUUAGUUUUUUUCCAGAGAGCCCGUACCAUUACGUGGCCGUUGAUAAACCUGAAAAAGCCGAGGCGGCUCUCCAGAGGUUGAGGAUGGCAACGGCGGACGACGUUCGAAAAGAAAUGGAGCUCAUUAAGGCGACCGUGGACGAUUCGAAGAACAAGCAACUCGGUUUCGUAGAUCUGUUUAAAUCCAAAGGCCUUACAAAAGCUCUCAUCAUUUCGAUGAGUCUGGUUGCUUUCCAGCAACUGUCUGGUAUCAAUGUGGUGCUGUUCUACACUCAAACAAUUUUCGAAGCGACUGGAUCGAGUAUUUCCUCGGUUUUCUCGUCAAUUAUAAUCGGAGGCGCUCAAAUGAUACCUAGCGCGAUAACACCUUGCGUCGCUGAUACUGCAGGUCGUAGGGCAACCCUGAUGUUUUCUGCCAUCGGUCAAAUCAUAUCAGAAAUACCUCUGGGUCUCUAUUUUUAUUUAAAACACUCUGGACAUGACGUGAGCGCAAUUUAUUGGUUGCCCGUGGCCUGUCUCGUCGUUUAUAUAAUCACCUUCAGGGUAGGUUUCGGUCCUUUGCCCUGGACCAUAAUGGCAGAAAUUUUUCCGUCCAACGUCAAAACGGCCGCGUGUACUGCAACCGCAAGUUUUUGCUAUAUUUUGGCCUUCCUUAUUACGCGAUUUUUUCAAAAUUUGACCGUCUAUAUCGGAAUGGAAGGCGGUUUCUGGCUUUUCUCUGGUUUUUGUAUUUUAUCCGCCAUAUUUAUCUACUUGUACGUGCCAGAAACAAAGAAAAAGAGUUUCCAAGAAAUUCAACGCAUUUUAAACGGCGAAAACUGAAUAAAGUAUAAGUGCAUACCUACACAGAUUCAGUAGCAUAGGUGACUACUUUUUAUCGUACUUUUGUGGUAACAUUUAUGAUAUGAUCGUAUGACAUACCUACUUAUGUACUUAGACGAUUUUUCGCAAAUCGCAGUAUCUUACAGAAACGAUUUGCAAUUGCUCACUAUUCCUUAAUGCGUGACGACGAUUGUGCUUGAUGAUAAGUUCCCUCAAUAAUAGUAUGUGAUAAUAGUAAAGAUCAAGAAUCAUUGUUUUCGAGCAAUAAUGGUAAUUAAGUACAGUAUUAAAACUUAGUUUAAGUCAAAUCUUAGAAGGAAGUUGGGGAGGGGCAAUAUUUUCGAUAUUUAAGUUACCCGUAUUUAUUUUUCUAACGUUAUUUAUAAAAAUAUUAUCAGUUUUCUUAGAAAGAACAAGUUCAAAUACCCCGGUUAGGUAAGACUGAUUAGAGUAAAAACAAAGUAAAAUUCUCAUUUUUAAUUUAAAAGCAAAAUAAAAAUCUUUUUAAUUAGCAUACCAUUAAAUGUAUUUAAUUAUGACGGUGUAUCGCCAUCGGUUUAUAUUGUAUCAGUUUGCUCUUAAAACUUCUUCGAAUCAUGGAGACCGCUUUUAGCGUGUCAAUGAGAUCUAGUAAGAUAGAAAACGCGGUCCGUGACGGGUAGUUUCGAAGAACGUUAGAUAGUAUUCUUAUUAAGGGAAUUUAUGGUCGUGUUCACCUGGUUGUACUUAUAAUUAUCUAUACAUAUUUGUAUAACAACACUACAAAUCUAAAAUAUUAUUUUAGUACAUAUGUUCCUGUUCAUUGUAAAAAAAAUUGACAAAAAUUUAAUCAAAAUUAACCUGACUUCAGCUUGUGUACUUCCCCUAACCAACCUAUAGGUAUUUAGGGUUUCUUAAUUUUUAUGAAAGCCGAAACUGUGGGUACACGAGCUUUUCAAUGUUCGAAAACUUGCCUCACACACACUUACCAAAGAGCGAAAAGUGAUCUUGCCAUGUUUUAUAAUUUACACGCGUAAUCGUGUUAUUCACGAAAAUUUAAAAAACACGGACGUACAUAUAAAUAAAUAAAAUUUCGAUUGUUUAAAAACAUUCCGUAGUGGGUAAAGAAAAAGUUUUCAACACUUCAUCCGAAACGCUUAAUCCUCUGGGAGCAUUCUCAUAUUUUAUAUCGUAUUAUAUCAUUUUAAAAAGUAUACAACUGCCAGAUAAUUUACAAUAAUAGGCGAAAGUCUUUAAUUUCUCGCUGUAAUUUAAAGAUCAGUAUUUUGCCAGUUGAAGUUGGGUUGUACAUAUAAGAGAUGCUUUAUACAUUUUUGUAAUAAUGUUAAGUUAAAGGUUAGUGAUGUUUCACUCCAAAGAAACCUUCUAACAAGACGAACCCUAAACCCCUUUUGAAAGCUGUAUCAUGUUGUUACUGAUUAGUGUAAUAAUUAUUUACUUUAAUUGCCAGUUAAGAUAACAUGUGACAUUGUUUGUUCCAUACGAUUACUCUAUUGUUAAAUAAUUUAUAUUAAAACUGUUGUCAAACGGGAGUUUCCAAGUUUCCCGAUAGUUGCGUUGCUUAUUGUAUAGAAAGUUUGUAGAUGAUUAAUUUGUGUAACUUUUGUGUUUUAUCACCAUGUAAUUUCAAUAUGUUGUUGAAAUCUUUAACAGUCUUUAGGGUAUUUUACUUUUUGUAAUUUAUAACAAUAUUGUGUUUACAUUAGUUGCUCUCCGAGAGAAGCAGUAGAAUGAACGAAUAAAGAAUGAAACUAGCGGUUAA